AUGUCCGGCACACCCCGACCCACCGUAGGCGCGGAUGUCAGUUUGACGACCGCGACUCCCGGCGCCGAUCGUGACACGCACCCCGCGGCUCCAGCGCCCGCACCAGCCGCGGUGGUCUCGCAAGAGACCGACGAGGACGUCGCGAAGCGCCUAUCGCACGAGCUUAACGUCACCGGACGCGCCAGGAGGGCGCCCGCGCCGUCUUACGUCCCCGCGCCCAUCAAGCAAGGGUUGGACCCGGAGCGGUUGAAGCUGCUCCGGAAGAGGCAGAGGGACAAGGCGCGAGUGGUGAAGGACGCCGCCAAGGCCAAGGCCAAGGCCAGGCGCGCCGCCGCUGAGGCGAAACGUAAGAAGAGGAAAGACGCCAGGAGGGCGGCGCGGCAAAACGCGGACGGGGCGCCCGAGAGACCCGAGAAGGCCAAGAAGGCACGCGUAGACGAGGAAGACGUCACCCUCGCGGAGCUCCUCUGCGCGGACCCUCUCCUGAAGGCGGAGCCGUUCGAGGAGGAACCCGACCCGUCCGCGGACGACGACGUCAUCGAUUCGGACACGCCGGAACCCCGGCAGUCGGACCUCGACGCCCGACGCCCGACGAACCGCGAGCCGACGCCGCCAAGGUCGCCGCCGCUCGUCGACUACGGGGUCCUCGCCGACGACGAGGACUGGCGGUCGACCCUGCCCCGACGGGAGAUGCCCCCGCCCGAGGGGUACUCCGCGGGAACCUUGGUCUGGGCGUUCCUGAGGGGCGCGCGGAAGUACCAGAAGGACCGCGGUGGCGACACAGCCGGCGACACAGCCGGCGACGGCGACGGUGACGGCGACACAGACGCCGACCUCGGGCGGGGCACGUGGUGGCCCGGUCGCGUGUGGAAGCUUCGCAACGCGAGGAGCGCGGCUGCGCUGUGGCGCAACCGCGGCGCGCCCCCGUCCCAGCCCAGGGCGUUGGUCAGGUGCUUCGGUGACGGGAGUUUCGUGUGGUGCGCGCCGAACGAGCUCGCGAGGUACGCGGGAGACGAUACCCUCAGGGACGAAAGGUCCGCCGAGCUCUUCGCGUCCGCGGCCAGGGGGUGCGCCAGGCGAGACUGGAGCGCCACCGGGGGCAUUCGGGUGUACGCGCAGAACGUGCGCAAGGCGUUGCGGGAGGCGGAGGAGGCGGAGAUCAUGAACUGGGACACGCCGCCGUGGACGGACAGCGACGACGCGUACAGCGACGACGACGACGACGACCGGGACCAAAGAAACGGACCAGACGCACCGGGUCCCCGGUCGUCGUCGUUCGGUCGGGGACGGUGCGGGCCCCGCAAGAGGGAGGCGGCGACGGACGACGCGGAUCAUCACGACGGAUCUCCCAAGGAUGGACUCACGCCCGACUGGAUAAUCGACGCCGGGUGUCGCAUAUUCGGCCUGAACGUUCCCACCGUGCAAGAGCCCAUCGUCAAGGGUCUGCUGGAUCCCUGCACAAACGACAAGCGCGAUCCAAACAUUCCUGCGGAGAAGACCUACGAUAAGAGGCAGGAUGGUUUGAAGCAGGAGAAUCCUUGGAAAGGGUACCACGUCAUACUGAACCCUUCGUACGAGUCACAGGUGCAGUGGCGGUUCAUCAACCGCGCGAUAAACGAGGUGGAGUGGGGUUUCUGCCCAGGUAUCCUGCUCGUGUGCCGCAACAGCACGGACACCUCCUACUUCCAGCGGCUGCUCCCGUUCCCGCGGAUCUUCCUUCGGAGGGACGCGGUGCGAUUCAAGGACUACACGCACACGCCCAUCGGCUUCGGCAUUGCGGUCUUUUGCCUGGUCUCCCCGAUCGUUACCCCCGAGGAGAAGAUGGCCACCUACUCAAGGUUUUAUAACGAGUUUAGGCACGCGGGCGAGUUCAACAUCCCGUUUGACGGCGAAUUUUUAUCCGACGUCAGAUUUAAGGAGCUCACCGAUCGGCUCCACGUGGAGGCCGCGCUCAAGUACCGCGACAGCUGGGUGGCGUGCGACGAGUGCGAUCGUUGGAGGGAGGUACCCCCGACCCAGUCCCUCGCGGAGGUUGGUGCGAAAGACACGUGGCGGUGCAGGGACGCGUAUCCGCAGCUCGGGUGCGACGCUCCCCUCACCGGUCGAGAGUACAAGGCGUUCUCCGUGGCGACAAAAGGACAAGCCACGCCCUUGCUGGCGGCCAAGAGAGGGACCGACAUCCUCGGCUAUGAUGGCGCCGACGAGGAGGACGAGGAGGAAGACGGCGUGGUGUUGGCACUGCCGUGCCCCGAGGUUGAGGAAGACGAGACGGCUAAGGAGGAGGUUGUUGAAAAAUACGAGCCCGAUGAGGAGGAGGUGAUGGAGGAUGAAGAUGAGCGACGCGACGACGGGGACCCGUGGCUCGACGAGGCCACCAUGCGAAGAGGACGUAAGCGCUUCACCCUCGUCGAGGAAUCCUUCCGCAAGUCGUCCAAGCUCCGCGGCGCUGCGGGGACGCCCUCGUCGCAACACAAGAUUGGGUGCAGAUGCGCCCUGACUCGGUGUCGAGAGAAGCGGGCCAAAGAGAUGGAGCUCCUGACGCAGACGCCCCACGAGCUCCUCUCCCGACCCGCGUGGAUGGGCGUCCAGGAUGCCAUGCGCGAGGCCGGGGAGCUCUCGCAGUUCGAGAAGGAGAGAUUGGAGCGAAUCAGGCGCAACCAGGAGAAGCUCCGCGAGCUGAUGCACUCAAAGGAAGACGUCGCCGCGGUUGCGCUGCAAAAGGUGGCUGAGGCCUCCGCCGCGAGGAACGCGUCGCGCAGGAUCCUACACGCCGCCGAGGAGAGGCACAGGCGGGCCACGGCGGUGGCGGCCGCGACGCUCGUGCGAUCGAGUAAGGCUGCAGCCGCCGCGCGCGUCGCAGAGGCGGAGGUUGCCACCGCGGAGGCUUCGGUGGCUUCGGCUCUGGAGGAGGUGCAGAGGGCGCGGCUGGUCGCCUCGAGGCUCGAACGGGCCGCGAUGGAGAGGAACAAGGAGUGCGCGGUCGCGGAGGCGGCGCUAGAGUCGGCUAAGAAGGAGGAGGAUGAGGAGGAUGAGCAGUAG